ACACACCCACGUCUUUGAGGCCAAGUUCAUGGGUCUUGGCCAUGGCUUCAGAAGCUGUGAAAGUGAUUGUGCGUUGCCGUCCUUUGAACGAACGCGAAAAACAGCUUGGCUGCAAGGUGGUGGUGAACAUGGACAGUGCCCGUGGCCAGUGCUUCAUCCAGAACCCUGCUGCCACAGAGGACCCACCAAAACAGUUCACCUUUGAUGGAGCCUAUUUUGUGAACCAGAACACAGAGCAAAUCUAUAAUGAAAUUGCCUACCCGCUCAUAGAGGGUGUCACAGAAGGCUAUAAUGGUACCAUCUUUGCCUAUGGACAGACAGGCAGUGGGAAGUCCUUUACUAUGCAAGGGAUCCUGGAUCCACCUUCCCAGAAAGGCAUCAUUCCUCGAGCUUUUGAACACUUAUUUGAGAGUGUGCAGUGUGCAGAAAAUUCCAAAUUCUUGGUGAGAGCUUCCUAUUUGGAGAUCUAUAAUGAAGACAUCAGAGACCUCCUAGGUCCAAACACCAAACAAAAACUGGAGCUGAAGGAGCACCCAGAGAAGGGGAUCUAUGUGAAGGGCCUGUCACUGCACACUGUGCACAGCAUCGCCCAGUGUGAGCGCAUAAUGGAAACAGGCUGGAGAAACCGUGCAGUGGGCUACACCCUCAUGAACAAAGACUCCUCUCGUUCCCACUCCAUCUUCACCAUCAAUAUGGAGAUCUGUGUCGUAGACGGGAGAGGACAGGAACUUUUGAGGGCUGCAAAGCUCAAUCUGGUGGACCUAGCUGGGAGUGAGAGGCAGUCCAAAACUGGAGCUGUGGGAGACCGCCUUAAAGAGGCCACCAAAAUCAACCUGUCUCUCUCAGCCCUGGGCAAUGUCAUCUCAGCACUGGCUGAUGGGAGAUGCAAACAUGUUCCCUACCGCGACUCCAAACUGACCCGGGUGCUGCAGGACUCACUUGGAGGGAACACCAAGACACUCAUGGUGGCAUGCCUGUCCCCUGCGGACAACAAUUAUGAUGAGACUCUCAGCACCUUGCGCUAUGCCCACCGAGCCAAGAACAUCCGAAACAAGCCUCGCAUCAAUGAGGAUCCCAAGGAUGCACUGCUGAGGGAGUAUCAGGAGGAGAUCAAGAAGCUGAAGGCCAUUUUAGCUCAGCAGACAAACAUAAUGGAGGUGUCUCACGUGCAACAUUCUGAGGCUCCUCAGCCAGAGAUAAAGCCAGAACCCUCUCCUGAAUCGCAGGCAGAGAAUGAGAAGGAGAAGCAGCUAAUCCGAGAAGAGUAUGAGGAGAGGCUGGCCCAGUUGAAGGCUGACUAUGAAGCUGAACAAGAAUCUCGUGUCCGGCUUGAGGAGGACAUCAGUGCAUUACGGAGUGCUUAUGACCUGAAGUGCCACACUUUGGAGGAGAAUCUUAGGAAGGAAGCAGAAACCACCCAGCCAGCUGAAGCCAUUACAGAUCAAGCCCCCUUGGCUCCAGGACCUGCUGCAGAAACAGAAGCAUCAGCCAAGGAGGCUGACUCUGCCAAUUCUCCUGCUCCCCUGGUGGGUCAGCACAUGGAGAAAGUACUCAGACCAGGGACACCUGGGUCCAAUGAAGUUGAGGAGCCCCCUCUGGCCUUGGACCAACAACAAGUCCUUGCCAGGUUGCAGCUGUUAGAACAACAGGUGGUAGGAGGAGAACAGGCCAAGAACAAAGAUCUGAAGGAAAAGCAUAAACGGCAAAAGAAAAUUGCAGAUGAGCGGAAGAAGCAGCUGCUGGCAGCUUUGCAGAAAUCAGAUGAGGAUAGCAGCGACUGGGUCCUGCUCAAUGUCUAUGAUUCCAUCCAGGAAGAAGUGCGAGCCAAAAGCAAAAUGCUGGAGAAGAUGAAAGAAAAGCUGCGGGUUGCUGAGACCGAAAUCAAAGACCUUCAGUCAGAAUUUGAACUGGAAAAGAUCGAUUAUCUAGGCACUAUUCGCCGCCAAGAACGAGAACUCCUGUUCUAUCAGCAGCUCCUGGACCAGGUGCAGCCCCUCAUACGACGAGACUGCAAUUACAGCAACUUUGAUAAAAUUAAGCGGGAGUCCAGCUGGGAUGAGGACUUGGGCUGCUGGAAAAUCCCAGAGCCAGUCACUCAAAAGACCAGCCUCCCUGCAGCAGUUUCCUCGUUGUCACAGACCAAAGCGGGCAGGAAGAGUUCGUCCUCAGAAAAUGGAGAAACAAUGGCAAUGCAGGAAGAAGACCGCUAUAAGGUGAUGCUGAGCAAGAGUGACAGUGAGAAUAUUGCCAGUAACUAUUUCCGCUCAAAACGAGCUAGCCAGAUUCUCAGUGCUGACCCCAUGAAGAGCCUAGCUGCCCACAACUCACCCCCAUUGCUGAACAACAACACCUCUAUGCUGACUUCCAGCUUGGCAACCAUCCCCCCUGCCCAAGCUGUGGAGAUGCCCCAGCCGCGUCCCUUCCGCCUUGAAUCCCUGGACUUCUCUCCUGCGGCCAAGACAAAACGCAAGAAGACCCGGAACAACCUGAGUGGGGAUGCCUUCUGACUGCUGUGGUCUUCUUCCUGUUCUUUCUGGCCAACAUCUGGCCGUCUUUUAGUGGCCCCAUGUUCGUAGCCACCACUGCUUUU